AUGGCCGACAUCCAGGACGACCCUGAACCUACUCGGCGAAGGAGCAAUGUAUCGAAAAACGGAGUGGCCGUCGAUGUGACGCAGAACCGCCCAGCUGUCGAGGAGUAUGAGCGGCUUUUCGGGGUCGACGAAGAUGCCUAUGAGCAGCCGACCACCACGCGCCGAGAGCUGUGGGCAUAUUAUCUCUACUAUAAUGGGGACAAUGGCGUCGGCCCGGGAUCUUACAGCCAGGCCCUCUUCCAGUGGGCUCUGACCGAAUCUGGAUUCCAGCCUGAUACGAAUCCGCCCAAACCCUGCACUAACACCUCGGCUUGCGUGGUUCCCUGGGCCGGGGGCACGAGAGCGAUUUCCUCGGUGGUCCUGAUCGCCAACGGCCUCUGCUUUGUUUUCAUGACGGUGAUUUUCGUUUGGCUAGGAAGCGCUGCCGACUACGGCUCAUUUGGCCGAUGGCUUCUUCUAGCCCUCACCGUGGUGUGUUGGGCCCUCCAGUACGGAAUGAUGGCUAUCAAGCGCCCUUCCCAGUGGCCUGCAGCUAUGGGAAUGUAUGUCGUUGCAUACAUAUCGUACGGCGCAACACUCGUGUUUUAUGCUGCAGUGUUCCCUCGUUUAGCCAGGUAUAUGCCGCAUGUGCGCAAGGCACGUGAGGAAGAUCUGAGAGAAGGAAAAAUUGACCAGGAAGAGUACGACGCAAUCGAAUCGCUGGAGAGAAAUCAUAUCAGCAACAUCUCAACUGCACACAGCGAUAUUGGAUACCUGCUCACCCUGGUGCUCAAUCUGAGUGUCCUACUCCCCCUUCAAAAUGACCAAUACGCCAACAAUCUGGCCCUGUGCCUGACCAAUUCAUAUUGGGUGGUCCUCGGCAUCUGGUGGUUCAUCUUCCAGCAAAGGAGACCCGGUCCCAAGAUCCCAAAGGGCUCAAAUUACGCAACCAUCGGCUUCAAGCAGAUCUGGCUAGCUAUCCGGGAAAUGAGGUCUCUCCCCCAGACAUAUCUCUAUUUUAUCGCCUAUUUUCUACUUGCAGAUGGCCUCAAUACCACAGGAACACUCGUCAGCAUCAUUCAAAAUGAUUACAUCUCUUUCUCGUUUCUGCAGCUCACCUACCUCGGAAUCACGCAAGCUGUUUGCUCGACUGCCUCAACCUUCGGUUUUUGGUACAUCCAGAAAUACUUUAAGCUUAAAACCAAAACUAUGUUCCUGGUGACCAAUUUCUUCAGUGUCUUCAUUCCCUUCUGGGGUAUGCUGGGACUGUGGACUAACAAAGUCGGAUAUCAUAAUCGGUGGGAGUUCUAUUUCUACAACGUCGUUUUCGGGCUCUUCCAAGCCCCGUACUACGCGUACGCACAAACAAUGAUCAGCGAGCUAAUGCCCCGAGGUUACGACAACAUGUUCUUCGCCCUCUUUGGCAUUACCAACCGCGCUUCUUCUAUCAUCGGUCCCAACGUCAUCCAAGCCAUCAUAAACAACACCAACAAUAAUUGGAUGGGAUUCCCAUUCCUGUUUUCCAUCUGCGCCGGGGCCACAAUUGUCAUCUGGUUUGUGAAUGUCGAGAAGGGCCGCGAAGAUGCCAGGCGGUAUACAGAGGCGCGAAAGUUAGACCGCGUUGUAGCGGAGACGGGUUUCAGUCAUGAUGCCCUUGUGAAGGGACAAGUUCCACCACCAACUGAGAUAGGAGUGGUGGCGGGCAAUGGGCAUGCUGAGAAUGGCAGUGCGAGUGCAUAG